UAAACACCAUCCCUUCUUCUCUCUCACCUCACCUCAUCGUGUUUUUGACUUUUUCCCGAUAUUUUCAUUUUUCCCCUAAAUUAUUAUUUUUAAUUUUAUUUUUCUUUCAGAUCAUCAUCACAGGCCGUUGUUCGAUCUUUAUCGCCAAAUUACACUUUUUGUGGCCUGAAAUCGCAAUUGAUCUCAAAUUCUGAGGUUUUAGUGGUUUUGUUGAUAGCUGAGAUUCGAUGUCUGGACCGCUCGAUCGAUUUGCAAGGCCUUGCUUCGAGGGGUCAUCGGGCAAUGAUGAGAGGCCAGUGAGAAGAGAAAGAUCAGAGAGAAGAGAAAGAAAAUCUGAUUUUGAAAAUUCGGAAGAUGAAAGGAGAACAAGAAUUGGUUCACUGAAAAAGAAAGCGCUAAACGCAUCGACUAAAUUCAAACACUCUCUCAAGAAAAAGAGCAGAAGAAAAAGUGACGGGCGAGUCAGCGCGGUUUCGAUUGAGGAUAUUAGAGACGCAGAGGAGUUACGCGCUGUUGAUGCGUUCAGACAAGCACUCAUUCUGGAGGAAUUGCUACCCGAAAAACUUGAUGAUUAUCAUAUGAUGUUGAGGUUUCUCAAAGCUCGGAAAUUUGACAUCGAAAAGGCAAAGAUAAUGUGGGCUGAUAUGAUUCAGUGGAGAAAGGAAUUUGGCGCUGACACGAUUAUCGAGGACUUUGAUUUUCCCGAGUUGAAUGAAGUAUUGAAGUAUUAUCCUCAUGGUAAUCAUGGAGUGGAUAAAGAAGGUAGACCUGUUUACAUUGAAAGAUUAGGAAAAGUUGAUCCUAAUAAACUCAUGCAAGUUACAACCAUGGAUCGGUACAUAAAAUAUCAUGUUCGGGAGUUUGAAAAAAGCUUCGCUUUCAAGUUUCCUGCGUGUUCAAUUGCUGCAAAGAGGCACAUAGACUCUAGCACAACCAUUUUGGAUGUUCAGGGUGUGGGGCUGAAGAACUUCGGUAAGAGUGCUCGUGAACUCGUAACGCGGCUACAGAAAAUUGAUGGAGACAAUUAUCCAGAAACACUCCAUCAAAUGUAUAUAAUCAAUGCGGGUCCUGGUUUUAGACUGCUCUGGAGCACCGUGAAGUCAUUUCUAGAUCCCAAAACGGUCGCAAAGAUUCAUGUUCUGAGUAACAAGAAUAAACUGCUUGAGACGAUCGAUGCCAGUGAAUUGCCGGAAUUCUUAGGUGGCACCUGUACAUGUGCGGAUAAAGGGGGUUGUCUUCUAUCCGAUAAAGGACCGUGGAAUAACCCUGAAAUCUUAAAGUUGGCUCUCAAUAGUGAAGCAAGACGUGCGAGACAGGUGGUUAAAGUUCUAAAUAGUGAGGGGAAGAUUGUUGCAUAUGCAAAGCCUCAGCUUCCUGGGCUGAGAAGCAGUGAUACAUCUGCCGAGUCAGGCUCUGAAGCUGAUGAUAUUGCAUCUCCGAAAGCAAUGAGGAGUUAUACACAUCUUAGGUUGACUCCUGUUCGUGAAGAAGCCAAGACAAUUGGGGCUACAUCCUAUGCCGGUCAAUUUUCUGGAUAUGACGAAUAUGUUCCCAUGGUUGAUAAAGCUGUUGAUUCUGGAUGGAAGAAGCAACCUUCACUUUCAAAGCCUUAUGAUCCCAAAGGGACACUUGUUGAACUUGAAGAUCGAAAGACACCGGAAAAACUCCAUUCUCAUAUAUGGGUGAUGCUUGUGGCUUUCUUCAUGAGUAUUUUCACCAUGCUAAAUACAGCCAUGAGUCGUGUAACUAAAAAGACGCUUGCUGACUCAGCACCCGAGGUUGCCCAAAACUCGGAGGAAUUCAGUUUUGAUGCAUCAAAUAAGGAGGAAUUCCGACCUCCAUCACCGACUCCUUUGCUUAAAGAGUCAGAAAUUUUCAAUUCUCUUUUGAAAAGAUUAGGUGACCUUGAAGAGAAAGUUGAUACACUCAAUGCAAAGCCGUCAGAGAUGCCUUAUGAAAAAGAGGAAUUGUUAAAUGCUGCUGUUUGCCGUGUUGAUGCUUUAGAAGCAGAGCUUAUUGCUACCAAAAAGGCCCUGCAUGAAGCUUUGAUGAGGCAAGAGGAAUUGCUAGCUUACAUCGACAGUCAAGAGGAGAAAAAAUUCAGGAAGAAGAAAUCAUCAUGCUGGUGAAGAAGGUUGAAGUGUGGAUGUGUAUGCCACUUUUUUCCUCACGUUUUUUCCCUAAAAUUACUGUAUACAAAUGCUGUUCAAAAGUGACAUUCUAUGUUUAUUUAACCCCAGACAUUACUUACGCAUAUAGUAACAUAUUUGGAUUUGCUUAUCUAUGUCGAAUAUAACCUUA